GUUGCUUGAGACGUGCGUGUGUGUGGGUGUGCUGCAGUCUCUCUUCUUGCUGCUGUCCAUUACAAACCUGGGAUCGACUUGUCAGUUAUAAUGGAAAAGGGCAUUUUAAAUAGUAAAAGGAACAAAACCUGGAAUCAUUCAAGACUACAGAACAGAAAGGAGAGACUACAAUGAUGGUGAUGGUGAUGGUGAUGGUGGGGUCUGUUUCUGCGUGGCCCUUGGCACCCCAGGACAAGGAUGGAAGGACAGCAUCUGAGGUUGUCUAUCUGAACGAGUGUGGCGUCUCCGUGAUGAAGACCAUGGAGCCCACAGAGUCUCUCCAAGUUCUCAUCAACGCCUCCGCUUCACUGUCGGCAGAAUGCCAGAUUUCACUCCGCGUGUCAGUGUCGGACAUAGGCCUUGCCAAAUAUGGUAUUCUUGCAUUUGGUGAUCUGCGGGUGAGCAACGACGACUGCCUCUCUUCCUCGCUCCUGCUGCAUGACAAUGAUGACGCCACGGACCAAGCUGCAGUCUCCGAAACGUUCUGCAGCAGCGGAUCCUUUGAGUUCCGGACAAUGGAGGACGUGCUCUUGGUCACCUUCACUCACAGGGAGGGCAGCGAGGCGAGGGAGGGCGCGCUCAUCACCAUAUUACCAGAGGUGGUGUGUGGUGGGGUCAUCACCAGCGACACCACCAUCGCCAUUAAUCACCACUUCAAAGCUCCAUACGUGUGCAACUGGGAACUUAUGCCAGCCGAGGGACAGAGCAGCAGAUUGACCUUCGAAGAGUUUAAUCUCUCAGUUCGCAAGAGGCAGAGAUGUACCACUGAGUGUCUCGUCUUAAUCCCGGGGAACCACAUGACGCACUUCUGUGGCAUGGAACUUCUCAGGAAAAUACAAUAUCUGUCAGGGAAGCAGCUGAUGUCUCUUCGUGUGACUCGAGAUGUCUCUCAAUUCAAAUGCAAGGUUGAAUUCGUCCCCGAGACAAAGAAUAGAAACCAUCUUCCCCGCGGCGUCAACUAGCUAACCUUCACCCAACUACAAGCUACUACCACCACCACCACCACCAUUACUACUACUAUUACUACUACUACUACUGCUGCUGCUGCACAACAUUGAUGGUGAUGGUUUGGUACAGCUAAGAGUACAUCAUGACUAAGAAUUCAUUAUUAGGUAUUGUUGAGUCAUACGUAUUCGUUUCUGAACUCAGGAACUCAUUAAAAUUAAUAGCAUCUCUGUGUUUUCUUCUUUCUUAUUCUUCUACAGUAGAGUAUGUUAAUUUCUUAAGAAUAAAUAAUUGGCUUGAUUUAUUUUGGGCGCCGUACCAAAGUGAUCACGUGGCGCUGCAAUCCUCAUGGUGGUGUUAUAUUGUGUAAUGAAGCGUAUAACCUCGUGGAAAAUAAAUCACGCACCUUGAA